AUGUAACGAUAGCCAACAAAAAAGAGUUUUUCAUCUAAUAAACGUAGUGAAUCUGGGAACGAAAGAAAAAGAAGUGUUCACAAUGACUCAACUUAUAAUCAUAAGAGUGAUGAAGAAUUACGUGAUGUAGUCAGUAAAUUACAAUUCAAAAUUUUGAAAAAAAAUGAUCAUUUGGCUAAGAUGAAAGAAGAAAUCAUUGAAUUAUAAGUACAAUGGUAAGAGGAAAAAAGAAAUUGGCAAAAUGAAAAAUGUGCACUUGAAAGACAAGCAGACUUUUAUAAAGAGAAUGUACAUGCUGAGAGACUCAAUAAUCAAAAAUUAUAGAUUCAGAUUGAUAAACUAACACACAUGUUGACUGAUUAAUCCAAAGUCAAAUAGCAUUUUGACACAAACACUACUUUAGAAAAAGUGAGUGGGUAAUUAAACUCAGAAAUUGAUGUGUUACAGAAGGAAAUAGGAACACUAAGAACUUAAAUUACAUUAUUAGACAAUAAACUAUUGACUAAAGAAGGAACUAUUUCAGAAUAGUAAAUUAGAAUCUAAAAGUUAAAAAAGAAGAUUGAUCAAUAAUUAUAAGUACAAUUAGAAGAGAAAAUGGUUGAUGUUGAUAAAUAAAAGAAAAGGAGCGGAGAAAUUAAAGAAAGAGUUUCAGAAUUGGAAUUGAAAUUAAAGAAUUUAAGUUUAGAAAGUGAGAGAAUUAAAAAAGACAAUAAGUUUCUACAAUAAGAAAAUGAUUAAUUAAGAAUUCAAUAUGAAAAAUCAAGUAGAUUAAUUCCAUAAUUAGAAGAUUAAAACAAACGUUUAGAAUUAGAAAUUAAUGAUUAUGAAUAACAAUUUGAAAAAAUGAGUAAAUAGAUAAGAGAUAUUAAUAAUUAAUAUGCAAAUGAAAAAUAAUCUGGCCAAUCUCAUAAUGAAGAACUUAAAAAAAAGAAUGCUUAGAUUGAUAAUUUAGAAUAGCAAAUUAAUGAAUAAAUUAGACUUUUGCAUGCUGAAUAAAGAUAAAGUACUUUCUUAAAAGAAGAAAUGGAAAAGUAUAAAGAGUAAUUAGAAAGAUUAUAAAGAUAAUCUUAAUAAUUAACUGAUGCUUAACAUAAAGAUAUGGAUGUUUUGGAAGCUAAAAUUGAAAAAAUUAGCAAAGAAAUGAUCAAAUUAAGAGAAGAAAAUAGCAUUUUAAAAUCACAAUUGUCAAAUCAAAAAAAGGAACACGCUUAAUAUAUUGAUACUAUUGAUCAAUUAUAAAAAUAAGUUAGGGAUUUAAAAGGAAAAAAUAAAAUAUUAGUUUAACAACAUGAUGAUUUGGAUGCAAGGAUCAAUUAAUUAGCUUUAAUGAAACAAUAAAAAACAGCCAAAGUCAGAAUACAGGAUUCUGAUUUUAGAAAGAAAAUGUCUAAGCUUGAACGUUCAGAUAGUAGCAGUUCCUUUUCUGAUUGA